GCCAGCGCCCGUGCCCGUGACUUUACCCGCGGCCGCACCGCCAGCGGGUGGGACGGCGCUGAGGGCGGCAUGGCGGUGCCGCGGCCUUGCGCCGAAGGUCCCUGCUGCUCCCGCCCCAGCGCGGCUCUCGGCGUGCAGCAGACGCUGGACGAGAUGGACUUCGAGAGGGGAAUCUGGUCUGCAGCCCUGAACGGAGACCUGGGCCGAGUGAAGUAUUUAAUCCAGAAGGCAGCGGACCCCAGCCAGCCCGACUCCGCCGGCUACACGGCUCUGCACUACGCCAGCCGCAACGGGCACUAUGCCGUGUGCCAGUUCCUGCUGGAGAGCGGGGCCAAGUGUGAUGCCCAGACCCACGGGGGGGCCACCGCUCUGCACCGGGCCAGCUACUGUGGGCACACGGACAUCGCCCGGCUCCUGCUGUCGCACGGCUCCAAUCCCAGGCUGGUGGACGACGACGGCAUGACCAGUCUGCACAAGGCCAUAGACAACAUCUCUUCCUAUCUGGAUGCCUCACAUCACCCUUUUCCCUCUGACCUGUGUCUGUCCUUCCUCCUGGAUUGCAGCUUCUACAUCACGCCCUCAGAGAGCCUUCCCAUUUCCUCAGGGGAGGACAGCUCACGCAUCGGGGUGCCCGGAAGCACCCUGUGCUUGACUUCUGACUCUUCUCCCCCUUGAAAUUCCCUGUGUGAGCGCCAUCGCACUGGAGGCAGCUGGGAUUGGUCCUGUUUCCUGCUGUGGCCUCAGCACUGAGCUCAGGUGCUAAGUGAGCAGCUGGGGGUUGUUUUGUUUUGAGACCCUUGCUGAUUAGAGAGGCAGGUUGCUCGUUUCUCAGUGGUCUAAACUGGUGUUGGCUUGAGUGUUUCACUGCCACAGCUCACAUGAUGGGUGUUGAUAGGCAGGACACUGCCGUGGAUGGACCUAGCUGGUGUCACCCGCACUUGGCGGCAUUCUCGUGAAAUUGGGGGAAUGCAUGUGUGUGAGGAAUACGAAUCAUCCCUUCCUUCCAGCCUGCUUGCCUCCUCCCUCCCUUGCUUCCUUCUGCAAACAUUGGCACUUUUUUUUGCCAAAAAUUAUUUGGAAUUCAUCUUACAGCUGCUCACAACACACUACUGCCUGAAUUGAAGCAGUACAAUUGAGAA